AAAAAUGGAAAGAAAAAGUAAGAGGAGGAUGUGGAUGAGACAGAAAGCUAGCGAAUCAUUUUGGACCGUUCAGCCAAUGGGACUUCCUUUUUCUCUUCAAAUGGCGGUGACUCUUUUUCUCCUCUGACUUCUGAUUCGUGAUUCCCCACCUUUCACUACACUUCCCACCGCCAAACACUUCUAGAUUUUCCGGCGCCGAUGACGGUCAGCAUGCUGGGCGGCGAUAGGAGGACCGGUGUGGAGGACGAGUACAUCCGGAGACACCACAGACAUGAGGUCAGAGACAACCAGUGUAGCUCCUCGCUCGUUAAGCACAUCAGAGCUCCGGUUCAUCUCGUAUGGUCGUUGGUGAGGAGGUUUGAUCAACCACAAAGGUAUAAACCAUUUGUGAGCAGGUGCAUCGUGGAGGGAGACCUUGAAAUUGGAAGUGUUAGAGAAGUUAAUGUUAGGUCAGGACUUCCGGCAACCACAAGCAAGGAGAGACUAGAGCUCCUAGAUGAUAAUAAACAUAUCUUUAGCAUGAGGAUUGUUGGUGGCGAUCACAGGCUAAGGAAUUACUCAUCAAUAAUCACCGUUCAUCCAGAGGUCAUCGACAGCAGACCUGGGACAUUGGUUAUUGAGUCAUUUGUCGUGGACGUUCCUGAUGGUAACACUCAGGAUGAAACGUGCUACUUUGUGGAGGCUCUGAUCAAGUGCAACCUCAAGUCUCUGGCUGAGGUCUCGGAACGACUGGCAGUGCAGGGCCAUACAGAGCCCAUUGACAGAAUCUGAAUCCCUGGUGGUUUGGAUUUGGAGCUUUGGACAAUAAGUUAAUGUGGAUUGGGCAUGCAUACAAUGAUUUCCAAUAGAAGGCGAGUAGAGUGACCGGUACUUAGCCAGUCCUUCUCAAUCUCAAAAGUAUAUAUUGUUAUACAUCAUUGUAAUUAUGUUAAGUCAGAGGCUGUUGCAUAUUCACGGUCUAUUUUCCAUUGUCAUGUGUAUUACAUAAUGAGCUGAACAUAAGGUUGUUGCCAGUGUGUAAGCUUGGUUGUAAAUGUUUGUGCUUGAAGAUGUGUACUUUGUAGCUUGCUGUUAUCAGAGAUUGCUUGGUGAAGACACAUUUUUGUCUGUAUAUGGGUUUUUGUAUUUUGGUGUGCCAGUGUUAGAUUAAGGUUACAUUGACUUUAAUUCAUUGUU